AUGAACGCUGCCUCUCUCAUUUCUACUAGUGUCGCCCGAGUUAUCAUGACUGGCGUUCUUUCGGCAGUCCUAUUCAACAAAACCGUGGUUCGUUACACUCGCCAUGCCCUGAAGGAAGCAGAACAGGCUUCUCCACAACUCGCCGUUGUUACUUUAUGCAUUUCUACCCUAGCGCUCCUCCACGCGUCCGACAGAAUCGCUUGCGACGUUCUGGGGCUUGCAGAAACAUGUACACCGACCACUAGUAGUGAAGAGUAUUCCUUGGCAACCGCUCGUGAUGAUGCUCGCUCUCCUGCUUUCUCACACGACGAUACCGAUGACUUCACGACUCCUUUGUCAUCGCCAUCCAUCUCAUCUCCUGGGAACAGCUUAGACAGUAUCGUGACCCUCACUUCCUCCUCAACCGUUUCCAAGCUUGGCAAUGUCUUCAGAGAUAUUACGCCCAGUCCUCCAGCGGUCGUUACUGGUGAUAGUGACAACGACGUAGUGCUGCGCAAGUGGACAAUGGAGACGGCGCCAGAGUUCAGCACCCCAACGACUCGCACUCCUGAAAAUAUUCUUAAUUCAAUCAUCAAGCGAAUGAGAUACCUCUCACUCUCAGACAGUCGUUCUUUCCCCUCAACCCCGACCCGAGCUUGA